AUGGUGAUUGCAACAGGGGCAGCUGUGGCUGCCGCAGGCAUGACGCCAGGUGCGCUUUCAGAGUUGGUGACUCUGCUGCGGGCCAAACGGUGUCUCAAGGCCAUUUUCAGGGAGCGAUGUAUGAAAAAGGAGUUUCAUGAGCGGAAGUAUCGCGUCGUCCAGGGGCAGCUCUGGCGCCAGGACGUGCGAGACUUUGUGUCCCUCACAGAGCAGAAGAUGUCCCUCUAUCUCAUCAUCAAUGUUCUGCUGCUCAGCUUCACGGUGACAAUGUGGGUCGAAGGUCAGCUGCCAGAAACCACUCCGGACUGGCUGGUCAUGGGCUAUCAAAUUGCCUCCGUGGUUGCCUUCUCCUACCUGGUGCUGACGAUUUGGCUCGCCAUGCAUGCGGCUAUCGCUGCGCAGAGCUAUCAGACCAGGGUACUCACCCAAUUGGUGCGACUGCCAAUUCCGACCUGGGCGGAGUUAGAGGCCGCCCGCACUGCAGGCUCAGAGUUCGAGAAAGUUGAGUCCAGGCAAAUGUUCCGCGUGCCAUUCGUCACGGGGAAGCAAGAGGACUUUGUUCCAGGAGCUCAGACCGGACAUGCCGCAUCUGAUGUUGAUGACGUGUGCCCACCGGAAGAGUCCGGCAACACUGGCGGGCCAGAGCAGGUCUAUGCUGGAGUGGCCACUGACCCAUGGGGCCUUGAGCAGCGAGGAGAUGGAAUUUACGAGCUUGGCUGCUACAGUGGUGCAGAGGUCGCCAACUUGAGGCAUAUCAAGCUGCUACGCCAGGCCGCGGUCUACUGGCAGACGUAUGACGCCUUUGCACGGGUGUCUAUGAGUGUCGGCAUCAACCAACUCAUGCUCGGCAUGAGCUACUACAUCCUCGGGUAUGCCAUGCUGGAGGUGAAGGCUCCCCUUGCCGCUCUCGCGGGCGUCCUGGCCUUCAUGGGCUCGGCAGAGGCUCCUGGCGCAGAGAUCUCGGAUCAGCCCCCAGGCCUGGGCUGGUCUCUGCUGUUUCUGACUUCGUGGGAGCGACGGGUUCAGUUCGACGUGUACGUACUGCCGUGGUCGGGGUCCUGGUACUGGGGCCAGCGAGCUGCUCCCUUUCAGUACGAAGAGCUCUUCGAUCUGCAUGCCAAUGAAGUCCCGACUCAGUACCGGAAACUGUCGUCGGAUGGUGUGUCAACAUGUACACUGCCCUCCGGCGAGAAGCUGCUAAAGGUUGAGUCGGAGGUCCUCGAGUCCGUGUCUCACCAGGCCAUCGUUGACAUCCAGCAUCUUUUCAGGCCUUCUCAUUUGGAAAUGUUGUCCAAGAUUCUCAAGGACCCCGAAGCGUCGUCCAAUGACCGCUUCGUGGCUUUGGAACUGCUCAAGAAUGCCUGCGCCACUUGCCUGGGCUCUGAAGAGGGGGCCGGCGUUGAACGGCUAAGACAUGCUCCGUGUUACCUUGAGAACAGACCAAUCAUCGCCUAUAUCACGAUGUCUUCUUCACACCUGCGCAAUGCGACCAAAGCUGUGCAACAUCUGCGUGCUGCGGCGAUCACCGGAGCUCUGGGCCCUUGGUUGAGGUCGUUACUCCACUCGACCUUCCAGGCAGAGUGGCUGAGUGUGCUGGAAUCAAUCAAUGACGGACUAGGCACAGUGCUGCACCUGCUGCAGCAGAAUUCCUCUGACCAGCUGCAGCUGAAGAACCUGGCCAUCGUCCACCAAGAGAUGAUGCUUCGCCAGGAGAGGUGCCUGCAGAAUCUCGCGGAGGGCCUGGCAAUCUCCGCACCGUGCACCUCUGUGCCAAAGAAGGAGCGCGAUGAAGAACACGAGGACCAUGACAAGGUGGAGGGCGUGGUUCAUUUUCAGCUGGAUGAGGUCAGCGACGGUGCAGAUGGCUGGAUGGCCCCGAAUCAGCAGGCCUUGGCGAUACCACAUGGAGAUCGAGAGUGUCCAACUGAUGAGAUACUGCUGCCAGUCAUCCAGAAAGGCAGCUCACCUGCAACCAAGAAAAUGAGCAGCCGCGAUGGACCCAAAUUCGGGCAGAGGUUCGUCACUCAGGGGCAGGAGUCUGAGCCCGACACCGUCGCCUUCGAGAUCAUAGGGCUGGCCUCGCACGGCUCACCUCGGAGAACGCUGGCGAGCUCGGCCAGGGAGAUGGCGAGUUCGACAGCUCUGCGACACUUCUUUUUCCAUUGGGUUGCAAGCGCCAUUGAGUGGUGCGAAGACUGCAGGGAGCCCCAUCGCACUGGAAUCCUGGCCAAAAUCGUGAAGAGCAAUCGAUUCGGAGGGCUCUGCAUGACGGUGAUCCUGCUCAACUCGAUCGUGAUCUCCUACCAGUCCGAUUUCGAAAUGAAGAAUCCAGGUGCUACCACUCCAUAUCCCCUCAUGAUGAUUGAGCUCGGAUUUGCAUUUUUCUAUGGCAUCGAGAUCCUCCUAAAGUUGGCCGUUCAUCGAUUCUACUUUUUCAUCAAUGACGAUAUGCGCUGGAACCUCUUUGAUCUGGGAUUGGUCUGCCUCUCCUUGGUGGAGGUCACCUCAUCCUUUGUCCUGCUUUCGAAGGGAGUGUCCCGCGAGGGCAUAAACUUGACCUUCCUCCGGCUGCUGCGCCUUUGCAAGAUUGCCAAGGUCCUCCGAGUGCUUCGCACCCUUCGCUUCUUCAGAGAGCUGCGCUUGAUGCUGGACUGCGUCCUCGGAUCAGUCAUCAAUGCUAUAUGGUGUGUGGCAAUGCUCUUCUUCGUCAUGUUCAUCUUUGCUCUUCUGAUGGUGCAAGGUCUGGCGGACUACCUGGGCCAGUACUCGCGGGAAUUUGGGCCCGAGAGCCUGACUGAGGAGUUUGUAGGGGACAUUAUGCUCUGGUACGGCUCGGUUGGCAGAACUAUCCUGACGCUGUUUCAGUCGACGACAUCCGGCAUUGACUGGCGUGAUUGCUAUCUCCCACUUGAGCAGAGUUCGGAGCUGGUCGCUGGCAUGUUCCUGGUGUUUGUCGGUCUUUUUACUAUAUCUGUGUGGAACAUCGUCACGUCGACGUUUGUGGAGAAAGCGCUGAAAUUGGCCCAGCCAGACCUGGAGUCCUUAGUGAUGGAGCACCACCUGAAGGACGUACAGGAUGCGCAGUCACUGAUCGACCUCUUCUGCAGCCGACUGGGAUGUUCUGAGACGUCCAGCAUUUGCCACGGGCAGUUCAAGCUCCUCGCAGGGCAGCACCGCUUCAGGGCAUACCUUACCGCACGCGGCAUCGACAUCAAGAACGUGGAGGUUUUCUUCCGUAUGCUCGCAGCUGCCAGUGGCAAUGCCGAAGUGGAGAUCAAGGUUCUUGCGAAUGCGCUGGUAAGGAUGAAGGGCUUUGCCACCAGCAUCGACUUGCAAACUUUGACCUUCGAAACCAAGAUGCAGCUAUCCAAGCAGGCGAAAUCUGUCAAGGAAGUGGGUCGGCAUGUACGUCGCAUCGAGAAGUUGCUUGAACAUGGGGCGAAAUGCCAGCAAAUGCCAUCUCCGCGAGAGGAGAAGGACGAUCCCAAGCCGACAUUGCUUCGGAAGGUAAGCUUCUCGUCGAACGAACGCGAGCCUGUCGAGCGGCCGAAGGUAAUGCCGCCGGCAGCAUCGCACAAGUCCGCUCUUCGGCCGCGCUGUCCACCGGAGCCGUGUCUUGCUGCCGGGUUCGUAGUAAAUGCCCAGAUCAGGCAUUCAGUCAUCGGCCUGUCUGACGAAAAAGUUACGGCAGGUUUCAGCUGGGAAAGUGCAGGGCCCGGGCUUCGCCAGUUGCAGGACAAGUUCAGCCGGGAGUCGGUGGGAACAGCUGUUCAGAUCGUCCCGACUUUCUCAAGUCAAAGCUUCACGGCCAUGGUGAAGCGAGGAACUCAUGUCCUCACCGACGGAAGGGAUGAGGAGUUCAUCUCCCGUGGAAUCUACAAAGCCUACACCGAAGGCUACUUGCGCUACUCGCAGGUGGCACCGCUCAGCAUGUUCGAGGAAGCAAACACCAAAACCAAUCUGCCAGCGCAGAUUGACAUGAUGAGCCAGCACGGCAGCUCCUAUGACGUGUUUUACAUCGCGAAAGGAGGUGGCAGCGCAAACAAAACCCAGCUUCUGCAGAAGACCAAAGGUGUUCUCAAUGACAAGGCAUUUACCGAGUUCGUGACGGAACAGGUGCAAAACAUCGGCACAGCGGCCUGCCCUCCGUAUCACCUGGCACUGGUCGUCGGUGGCCUUUCAGCGGAGCAGAACUUGAAGACGGUAAAGCUUGCCAGCUGCAAGUAUCUGGAUGGGCUCCCCACUUCCGGAAACAAGCUUGGCCGUGCCUUCCGCGAUUUGGAGUGGGAGGAGAAGGUGAAAAAACUGGCUCAGGACCUUGGAAUCGGCGCCCAGUUUGGGGGCAAGUACUUCCUACAUGACGUCCGCAUCGUGAGGCUGCCACGUCACGGUGCCUCUUGCCCCAUUGGCAUCGGCGUCUCCUGCUCUGCAGACCGUCAGGCCAAGGCGAAAAUCACAGAAGAAGGCAUUUUCCUGGAGCAGCUGGAGACAGAGCCUGCAAAGUAUCUGCCCGAUGUGAAAGAGCAGUCCCUGGACAAAGGAGGUGAGAUCGUCAAGGUCGAUCUCAACAAGCCAAUGGAGGAGAACUUGAAGAUCUUGAGCAACUAUCCGGUGGCCACCAGACUCGCCUUGACGGGAACCAUCAUCGUGGCGCGCGACAUCGCGCACGCGAAGAUGCAGGAGAUGCUGGACUCAGGGAAGGGCCUGCCUGAGUACAUCAAGAAGUAUCCGGUGUACUAUGCCGGCCCCGCCAAGACUCCCGCGGGUAUGCCUUCUGGAUCCUUCGGGCCGACGACCUCAGGCAGAAUGGACCAGUAUGUGGGCACAUUCCAGGCACAGGGUGGCUCAAUGAUCAUGAUCGGGAAGGGCAACCGCUCCAAAGCGGUGACCAACGCUUGCAAGGAGCACGGAGGUUUCUACCUGGGCUCCAUUGGCGGGGUGGCCGCGACUCUCAGCUCCAACAGCAUCAAGAAGGUGGAAGUGCUGGAUAUGGAGGAGCUGGGCAUGGAGGCCGUAUGGAAGAUUGAGGUCGAAGACUUUCCAGCCUUCGUCGUUGUGGACAACAAGGGCAACGACUUCUUCAAGCAAUGGUCAAAGGAGGCCGCGAAGGAGCCCGAGGCAGACUCUUUCUUCGACGAAACAAAAGAAUUCUUCUUCGGCAUGGACAAAAACAAGGAUGGCAAGCUCGGGGUGCCAGACCUGAUGCGCGGCUUCAGCAUCGAUGAGGGGAAGGCGAAGCAGCUGGUCGAGCAGUUUGACGUGGACAAGGACGGUUGGAUAGAUGUCAAAGAGUUCGAGUCUGUCACGGGACAGAGUGUUGGGGUUGAAGAUGUUCUUACCCCUUUGGUUACAGCCUUGGAUUCUUGGGCCGUCCCUGCCAAGUCCGACUUUCCAGCAGCGCAUGGUGCAACUUCUGGUGGCAGUCGGGCCGCUGAUGAGCUACGUGGCCUCGUGCGCCGUGUCUGGUGGGAUUGGGUGUUGGGGAUUGGGGCAGACAUCCGGGCUAAGUACGAGCCGAUCUUGCUAAGACUUGCCAGAUACCUCUGGUGCUUUCACCGGGAAGACACCCAGAUCUCCGAGAUGCUGGCUCCGCUGGCCUACAUCUCUAACGGAUUAGCACUGGGUUGUAUGACCAUCUUCGUCCACGUCGAGGAGCAGGAAAACGGCGCGAUGGUGCCUUUCUCCUUCCGGGGUGUGCUGUACCUUGACGUUUUCGGAUGGCUCUCCCACAAGAAGGAUACCGAAGGAUCCCCGAAGUCCGAGGCAGUGGCGCUGCGCGAAGAGAUGUCGCCGUCUUCGAAGCUGCAGAGGGACAGCUCGAAGCCGGCUGCUUCCGCAGUGCAGUAUGAUUGCUAUGGGAACUCUUUGCCAUGCAAAGCAGCAGACAGCGGGAAACCGGGAUCCCUCGAGGAUCUCCGAUACCUUCCUGGAGCACCACGUGCCUGGGACACCGUGAAUGCCAUGGAUCCACCAGCGAAG